AUGGCAUACAGUUGGCAAUCAGCUCUAAAUCCCAAAGAACCACCUGAAAAACAGUAUGAACAUGGAGAGUUUCACUCUGUUAAUCAAUCCUUUUCUCCUAGCCAAAUCAGUCUGGGGUUUGAUCAGCUAGUAACCGAAAUAAAUAAUAAAAUCUCACUCUAUCAGAGAGAAAGUGAAGACAACACCUUUUUUGUGCCCAGUGAACUAAACUGGGAUUCAAAAAGGCAUUCUUUGCCUGGAACACACCAUAUAUCCUUAAAUAACUUCCUUUCUAAAAGCUCAGAACUCUCUUGGAAUCAAAGUGGGAAAAUUUCACCUAUUGGUUUUAAUCCUUCUGUGUUACCAAAACCAGAAGAGAUGAAUAAACAAAGCUCUUGGGAAACCUCAAUAGGAAAGUAUCAUGAUAGUGAUCGUUCUAGAUUCAGUAUUGGAAAUCCAUCAUGCACUAAUUUGGGUAAAAUGAAUCCACCAAGAGAACUGAAAAGUCAAAAUCAUAACUACCAUAUAGGAUUUGAAAACAGUAUUUCUCAUGCAUAUUCAUCCUUUUCAACUGAUUUCAUGCCAAAAGAUGAGAAUAAAGGAGGUGAGAAUGUGAACACUGUGAACCCUUCUCCAGAGUUCUUUAAAGAUUCUUUUCUACCAAGAAGCAGGGAAAGUACAUGGCCAGAAAACAUGGAGCCAAUAGAUUGUUCCAUGCAAAUCAUCGAAGCACCUCAAGGAAGUAAUGUUAGCCUGGCCUCCUUUUGUGGCAAAGUGAAAAAAAUAAGAGAAAUGUAUCAUGCAGCCGACAAUCUUAAUUCUGGAAAGAUCUGGAGCCCCAUUACUGCGUUUCCAUUUCAACUGUUUGCUAAGAGCAAGUUCAACCUCAGUAUUUUUACUGAUUAUUCACAACAACAACUUCAUCUUACACCAGAUGCUAAUUAUCUUGUCAAAGACUUAAUUACAGAAAUUCUACAUCUAUGUACAAAUGAAAAGCUCUGCUCCAAUGAUCAUCUUCUCAAUAUAUGUGGCUCUGAAGAAUUUUUACAGAAUGAUCACUGUUUGGGGAGCCACAAAAUGUUUCAGAAAAACAAAUCUGUUAUUCAACUUCAUCUACAGAAAAAUACAGCAGCUCUAGGAAAGUUAUCCCGAAAGCCUGACGAUGACCACAGUAACUUGCACCUAAACCAGCUUCUAGAAUUUAUGCACAUUUGGAAAGUAUCCAGACAAUGUUUGUCAACUGUAAUAAAAAAAUAUGACUUCCACCUAAAAUACCUAUUGACAAACCAGAACAAAAUGAGAGAGAGAAAUCUCAUAACAGUAAUGUGUGCAUCUUGUCACCUACAGCAAUAUGUGGAUAAUGUUAUAGAAGAAGUUAAAAAUCUAUGCAGUAUCCUCGGAUGUGUUGAAACCAAACAAAUUACAGAUGCAGUAAAUGAACUAAAACUAAUUCUUCAGAAAACAGAGGAGAAUGUUCAUCAGAAUUCACAGACUUCAACAAAAGGCUUUAUAGAGAAAGUGACAACCGAACUAUCCACCUCUAUCUACGGGCUAAUUGGCAUCUAUUGUAACAGCUUCUAUGCAGAUUUCCAGCCUGUGGGUGUACCCAGAAGCAUUACCUCCAGGCACCCAGGGCUCCAUGCCCAUCUCAGCUUCACAGUGUAUGCUGCGCACAACAUCCCAGAGACGUGGGUAAACAGCUAUAAAACAUUUUUGUUUUCCUGCUGGGUUACAUACGCUGGAAAGAAGUUGUGCCAAGUGAGAAACUACAGAAAUAUUCCGGUCAAAAAAAAUUUUUUUUUCUUGGUCAACUGGAACGAAAUGAUCAAUUUUCCUCUUGAAACAAAAUCACUUCCAAGGGAAUCCAUGCUCACAAUAAAAGUGUUUGGGAUUGAUUAUACAGAUAAUCCAAAUUUAUUGGCCUGGACCUGUCUUCCAUUGUUUCCAAAAGAAAAAUCCAUUCUUGGGUCUGUGCUAUUCAGCAUGACAUUACAGAAUGAGCCUCCCAUAGAAAUGAUAGCUCCAGGAGUGUGGGAUGGAAGUCAGCCAACCCCAGUGACUCUGCAGAUUGAUUUUCCAGCUACUGGAUGGGAGUAUACGAAACCUGAUUCUGAAGAGAAUAGAACUCAUCUCCAAGAACCACCAAAAGAGUAUUUAAAACAUAUUGCCAGGCUCUCAAAGAAACAGACUCCUUUAUUACUCUCCGAGGAAAAGAGAAGAUACUUAUGGUUUUACCGCUUCUUCUGUAAUAACCAAAACUGCUCACUCCCUUUGGUCCUGGGAAGUGCACCUGGAUGGGAUGAAAGGACCAUUUCAGAAAUGCACACCAUCUUGAGAAGUUGGACAUUUUCUCAUCCUUUGGAAGCACUCGGGCUUUUGACUCCCAGUUUUCCAGAUCAGGAAAUUCGUGAAGUGGCCGUUCAGCAACUGGACAAACUCUUGAAUGAUGAACUAUUGGAGUUUCUCCCACAGCUUGUUCAGGCUGUCAAGUUUGAAUGGAGCCUUCAGAGUCCUCUGGUGGAGCUUCUCCUGCGCCGCUCCUUGGAGAGCAUUCAGGUGGCCCAUCGUCUCUUCUGGCUGCUAAAAGAUGCACAAAAUGAAGCUUAUUUUAAAAGUUGGUAUCAGAAGUUGCUGGCUGCUCUCCAAUUCUGUGUAGGAAAAGCCUUGAACGAUGAAUUUUCCAAGGAGAAGAAACUUAUCAAAAUUCUGAGAGACAUUGGGGAAAAAGUCAAGUCUGCCAGUGAUCCUCACAGACAGGAGGUUCUAAAAAAGGAGAUUGGCAGACUAAAUGAAUUCUUUCAAGCUAUAAAUACUUGUUGUCUUCCACUGAACCCAGCACUAUGUAUAAAAGGGAUUGACCAUGAUGCAUGUUCAUAUUUCACAUCUAAUGCUUUGCCAUUAAAGAUUACUUUCAUCAAUGCUAAUCCGAUGGGCACAAACAUCAGCAUUAUUUUUAAGACUGGAGAUGAUCUUCGCCAGGAUAUGCUUGUCCUACAGAUUAUUCAAGUGAUAGACAACAUUUGGCUACAGGAGGGUCUAGAUAUGCAAAUGAUCAUUUAUAGAUGUCUGUCUACAGGAAAAAACCAAGGGUUGGUGCAGAUGGUUCCUGAUGCUGUAACCCUUGCAAAGAUCCAUCGCCAUUCUGGACUCAUAGGACCACUGAAAGAAAAUACAAUCAAAAAAUGGUUCAGUCAGCACAAUCACAUAAAGGCAGAUUAUGAAAAGGCCUUACGGAACUUUUUCUAUUCCUGUGCUGGCUGGUGCGUGGUAACCUUCAUCCUGGGAGUUUGUGAUCGCCACAAUGACAACAUCAUGCUGACAAAGUCAGGGCACAUGUUUCAUAUCGACUUUGGAAAAUUCUUAGGUCAUGCACAAACAUUCAAAGGGAUAAAAAGGGACCGAGCCCCUUUUAUUUUUACCUCAGAGAUGGAGUACUUCAUUACAGAGGGUGGGAAAAACCCACAACAUUUUCAAGAUUUUGUGGAGCUUUGCUGCAGAGCAUACAAUAUUGUCAGAAGGCACAGCUGGCUGCUCUUAAACCUUCUAGAAAUGAUGCUGUAUGCAGGACUGCCUGAGCUAAGUGGAAUCCAAGACCUGAAAUACGUGUAUAACAAUCUCCGUCCACAAGACACAGACCUGGAAGCAACAAGUCAUUUUACCAAGAAAAUAAAGGAAAGUCUGGAAUGUUUCCCUGUUAAAUUGAACAACCUGAUCCACAUACUCGCACAAAUGUCAGCCGUGAGCCCUGCCAAAUCUCCUCCUCAGAGGUCCUCCCAGGAAUCUUGUACGCCAAGCACAGUCAGGUCCAUUCGAAGAGCAACAAUUAUAGGGUUCAGCAAGAAACCCAGUGAUCUGUAUUUGAUCCAGGUGACACACGGUAACCACGAAAUCAGCCUGACAGAAAAGUCCUUUGACCAGUUUUCAAAACUUCACAGCCAACUUCAGAAGCAGUUUGCAUCCUUGACCCUCCCAGAGUUUCCUCAUUGGUGGCACUUACCUUUUACAAAUUCAGACCACAAAAGAUUCAGAGAUCUCAAUCAUUACAUGGAGAGCAUAUUACAUGGACCAUAUGAAGUUGCAAAUAGUGACUGCAUACUUACUUUUUUCCUUUCUGAGCCUGUGCAACGAACAGUUGAAGAAACUUCACUUGUGGACAUAGGUGAAAAGUCUCCAGACAAGACUCCUAAAGUGCAGUUAGUAAUAUCAUAUGAGGAUGCAAAGCUGACCAUACUGGUGAAACACAUGAAGAACAUUCAUCUCCCAGAUGGCUCUGCGCCCAGUGCACAUGUUGAAUUUUAUCUUUUACCAUAUCCCAGUGAAGUUCAUAGGAGGAAAACAAAAUCUGUUCCAAAAUGUACUGACCCCACUUACAAUGAAAUUGUGGUAUAUGAUGAAGUCACAGAGCUCCAAGGACAUGUCUUGAUGCUUAUUGUGAAGAGUAAAACUGUUUUUGUGGGAGCAAUUAACAUCCAGCUCUGUAGUGUCCCGCUCAAUGAAGAAAAAUGGUAUCCACUAGGAAACAGUAUAAUUUGACCACUGCAAUGAGCACAUGCAUUAUUCAUUAACUACUUGUAUUUUUUUCACUUCUAGUUUUCUCUAUCACAAAAGCAGGACAUCUUUGUUGCAUAGGGUAUUAAGGACAUAAAAAAAAAAGAAAUCAGGAUCAGUCUUUUAUAAUUAUUCAUUCUCUAUCUGUUCUUCCCUUGUUUUCUCUACUCCUCAAAUGGAAUGCUCCUCAUGUAAAAUUCAAUAUGUAAAACAGAAAAGUCAAUUUCAAUGCAUCUUUUAAAUCAAAUAUA